UGGUUAUUUAUUGCUUGUCCGUGAUGUCAAAAGACCUAGGGCGAGAACUUGGAAAAACGCCGGAUCUGACGUCACAUCGGGAACACGCUUUUCCCGAACAAAGAAAACACAUUAUAGUAUAUAAUACUACGGAUUCGAAAUUUAUUACAACUUGAGUCGAACAAAAAGUGUUUUAAAUUGUGCGCAUCAGGAAUAUUAAAAAUGGCCUCGAGCUCUUCUGAUUCCAUUGAAACACAAAAUGAAUCAGAUAAUGAUUCAAUGUUAAACUACAUGAUGGAAUCUGAAGAAAGUUUGAUUACCACGGAUAAUCAAAGUGACUCUCUUGAUGUCUCUGAACAGUCUAUUGAAUCACAAAUGCUGCCUUAUCAAGAUGAACCUGUUGCUGAUGAAGAAUGGGUUCAAAAUUAUCAUGACGGAUUACGUGAACGUCAAAAUUUGUUGGAAACUCUGCGUAGUAGAUUCAACAAUCGUGUGACUUUGGAGCAGUGGUGCAUUUGUGGUAAUUGCAGAACUAAUCUGCUUCAAAAUGAGAAAGAAAGUCAAUGUUGCCAAGAGCUCGACGAAUGCAUAGAGUCCUUAAAGAAUGAAAUGGUGCUGGAUGAAUUGAAAAUUGUCCCAAAAUGCAUUACACUUCAUCCAGCAUUCAAUUCAGUGUGUCUGGAUAUUUGGUCAUUAAGAAUGUCAGGCCCAAAAUUCAGAAAAAUAGAUGGAAGAAAAUAUGUGAAGCAUGAUGAUGAGAACAGAUAUUUGAGAAGUGUUGCAUAUCGAGAAUUUACCCAGCUGGUGCAUGGCUACUUAGGGAAUAAGCGGAUACAACUACCUGCUUGUGCCUAUCAUGCAAUAAGGACUCGAUUUGUGGGAAAAGAUUUUCAGGUUAUGAUGAUGAAGAAUUUGAGGAUAAAUAAUUUACUACUUAUAUGCCAAUGAUUCACCCUCAUUUUUGAUUCUUGUUUUAUGGACAGUCCAGGACCUGUUGGUGACCUUUCAUUGGUUUCCCACAAGUUUGACAGUGUGGGACGAGUUCUUGUUAUAUUAAUGGUAUUUUCUGACAUUGUUAAUGGGACUAAAAUAUUAUAAUUUUGAGAUUGUAAUAUUAGACAUCAUAACUGUAAGUAAUUAAUAAAGUAUGUUUUAGUCA